UUGAGUCAACCAACAGAGGGUUCUUCGAUGACAGAGAUAAUCGCCAAAUUUUGAGUGUGUAAGCGGAGAGGAAAUUAUCGGCGAAAUCAAUGGCAAUUCUGUAUGCGCUUGUAGCGAGGGGCACGACGGUGCUGGCGGAGUUCAGCGCCGUAUCUGGUAACACCGGAGCAGUUGCUCGCCGGAUUCUUGAGAAGUUGCCGGCGGAGGUUGAAUCUAGACUAUGUUUUUCUCAGGAUCGUUACAUCUUCCAUAUACUCAGAUCUGACUCGUUCAUCUUCCUCUGUAUGGCUAACGAUACCUUUGGAAGAAGAAUCCCAUUUUCAUACUUAGAAGACAUUCAAAUGAGGUUCUUGAAAAACUAUGGGAAAGUAGCACCAUAUGCUCCUGCAUAUGCCAUGAACGAUGAAUUUUCAAGGGUUUUACAUCAACAAAUGGAGUUUUUCUCAAGUAAUCCAAGUGCAGAUACACUCACCCGUGUUAGAAGUGAAGUUGGUGAGGUACGCACGAUUAUGGUGGAUAACAUUGAGAAGAUAUUAGAGAGAGGUGAUAGAAUCGAGCUUCUUGUUGAUAAAACUGCAACAAUGCAAGAUAGUGCCUUUCAUUUCAAGAAACAAUCAAAGAGACUUCGUAGAGCUCUUUGGAUGAAAAAUUUCAAACUACUGGCUUUAUUGACAGGGUUGAUAUUUCUAUUAUUGUAUAUAAUAGUUGCAGCUUGUUGUGGAGGUCUUACUUUGCCUUCAUGCAGAUCUUAACUUGUUUGUCUUGAGGUAUGUGAUAGAUUACUCUUCAUUGGUUUAUUGUUUGUUAUGUGAGUUGGGGGGUGGGGUGGGGUGGGGGUGGGGGUGGGGGUGGGGUGGGUAAAGCUUUUGCUUUGUUCAGGUUGUGUAUUUGACACUAAAAGCACUUGUUAUUUCCUGUGUAAAUUAUAUAAAUAUACUUGUAGUUUUUUGCGUCUUAAAUUUGAUAUUGUAGUUUGUUUGGGCGGAAUUGGAAUUCAAUUCCAUUCCAGUGUGGUGUUUGGUUGCAAAUUCACACGGAGUUGAAUUCCGUUGGAGUUCAGCUAAUCUCAUUGGUGAAGGAAUUCAAGUUUUGGAUUCCUUUGGUAAAGUCAUGGGGUUUUUAUUUGAA